AUGACACCAAGUUCUUUGUCCCCGCAUUACGCGGCUCAAUCUCCUUCAGGACGUAAACCUGACUUGGUAGCGAAGGAGGUGCUGGAAUGGUGGCAAACCAACGGAAAGCACCCGUUCAUCCAGCCCCACAUCUCGUCACCGAGUAAUGUGGGUGCGAACUCGCCAGAGAACUUACCACUAGGUGAUAAGGUCCAGCUCAUUCGACUACCAGUAGCUUCACCGUCAGCCGUUAAAGAGUUCAGUCAAGUUAGCAGUGAAGAGCCAGCACAUCUCACCACAGACACAAAAGCAAUACACCAGCUACUAGGAGAUAAACCAGUCUAUGUUUCAAAAAGACAUUUAGAAACAAAGAAAUUAGCAAAUGAAUACCAUUGA